ACACAACAAAAUACCUAAUUCAAACCACAGAGAUCUCCGAGGGGUUGAAGUAAGAAGAUGCAGGCUCUACAAGUGCUCUCACUGACUCUGCUGUCCGUCUUGGCAGCCAGCGCUCAGACCUUUGUUUCUGGGAAAUGCCCCAACCCUCCCGUCCAGGCUAACUUCGAUGUUGCCAGGUACCUGGGCAGGUGGUAUGAGAUCCAGAAGCUGCCUGCCGUCUUCCAGAAGGGGGAGUGCGGCCAGGCCACCUACAGCCUGAAGGGCCCUGGAGCGGUUACUGUUCUGAACGAGGAGCUGCUGGUUGAUGGGAGAGUCAAUGGUGUCACUGGCACUGCCAAGGUCAAGGACCCAGCCGAACCCGCCAAGCUGGAGGUCAGCUUCUUCGAGAACCAGCCUCCCGGUCCUUACUGGGUGCUGUCCACCGACUAUGAUAAUUAUACCCUAGUCUACGGCUGCACGGACUACUUCAACCUGUACCACGUGGAGUUCUCCUGGAUCCUGAGCAGAGAGCGUACCCUCUCCGCCGACACCAUGGAGGAGCUACGCAGCAUCCUGAAGUCUCACAACGUCAGCGUGGACAAGCUCCAGGUCACGGACCAGAGCAACUGCAGCAGCAUGCCCGAGUAACCGGGACUCCUGACCUCAGAGGGGGAAGAGGAGGAUGGAUGGAUGGACUUCCAGACAUGGCAUGCACAUAGGAUGUGGUUGAUGUUCAUUGACUGUGUUUGUGCUGUAUCUGUGCAUCGAUGCAAUACAACUGCAAUUGGAAAAGAGA